CGCAUCUCUGCUGACACACAAUCACACUUCUGCAUUGCGUCGCGCCGUCUGCGUUUGUUUUCUUCCAGAGGGGAAUGUAACUUAACUCAGAAAACCUUUUAAGUUUUGUGCGCCUUUAGAAGAGUUUUUGUUCAUGGGUUUGUUCUUUCGUUGGACGUGCGUUUAAGUUUUUUUUUUUUUUUUUUUUGCGUUAUGAAAAACAUAACCGGAGUUUUUGACAGCCUCAGUACAGAUAUGCAUUCAAACCAGAUUACCUCCAGCAGUUACCACAGUCUGCACAAAUCCCAGGAAUCCCCGACUCUCCCGGUCUCCACCGCUACCGACAGCAGCUACUAUAAUAAUAACCAGCAGGCCGGACAGUGCGCAGGCUCUCCAUACGACCAGAUCAGCUCUUACCAGUACCAGAACACCAGCAUGAACAGCGUCCAGUACAACACCAAAUCAUAUGAACUGGGCUUCGGCAACGCGUUUGGCCCCUACGGCGCGUACGGCCCCUGCUCCUCUCCGACUCCUGCAGAUGCUGAAAAAGAAGAAAGUGAACCUGAAAUUCGAAUGGUUAAUGGAAAGCCAAAGAAAAUCAGAAAACCGCGAACUAUUUACUCGAGUUUCCAGCUGGCGGCCCUGCAGAGGAGGUUUCAGAAGACCCAGUAUCUGGCUCUGCCGGAGAGAGCCGAGCUCGCAGCAUCACUGGGACUCACACAAACACAGGUAAAAAUCUGGUUCCAAAACCGUCGUUCGAAGUUCAAGAAGUUGUGGAAAAGUGGAGAAAUCCCACCCGAUCAGCACGUGGCAUCCAGUGAGUCUCCACCUCUCCACUCACCGCCGCUCAACACGGCCUGGGACUUCGCGCACAGCCAGAGAAUGAACCCGGUGAACACGGGGGGUUUGUCCCAGAGCAACAGCCCCCCGAACACUGCCACCCCUUCCUUUCUGACAAACUACUGGUACUCAUCCACGAACUCUGCGGCCCAUCUACAGCCACAUCACCACAACACAUCUCUCAGCGCAGGCACCAUAUUUUGACUCGACUGACUGGGGCAAAAUCAUUUUGUGAACUUGCAACAAAUGACUUUCAGGCCUG